UGUGUUUAGUAUUGGGGUGAUCAACUGUGCAUAAAUUGCUGCUUGGGCGCUGUGUUCGAUUAGAUAGCGGUACAAUCAGCAUUGGGAAGUGUGGGUCUAGCACUGGCCUUCCUCCACUAACAACUCCGGACGCCACUGUUUACACACAGCUUGGGAUUACGGUGAGUGCUGAGCUCAAACGUUCGAGAUGGCCAUCUACAAAGCUUUGAUGAAGACGAUCGGAGCCAUUCACAUCGUUGAUGGAAUACUGUUGCCUAUUUUGUGGGGCGGCGGUCUCGCCUUUCCCGGUUACUACAGUGCAGUCGCCGCACCAGUGUGGUGUGGUAUCCUUUUCUUCAUUCCUGCCGGGAUCCUUGGAAUAAUUGCGGGCAAUACUGGCAACCGCGGAGUGGCGAUCGCAUCUCUGGUGCUCAACGUUAUUGGCAUCGUUGCCGCGAUUAUUGUCAUCAUCUUCGGUGCAAUAAUUACCCACGCGGAUCUAACGUAUCUGAAGUAUUAUUACGUCGGUGAUGUGGCUCUAGACGUCAUUAUCAUUCUACUCGCUCUCUUAGAGCUCUCACUGUGUAUCGUUGGGACUGUGUACUCCGCGCGCAUCACCCAGAAACCUACUGCAAGGCAGGCUCGCACUGUGGUUUACAGUGGUGGUGGGGUAGCCAACCCAGGAAUGCAGAACCCGGGAGCACAGGUCCAAAUACAGAACCCAGCUCAGCCAGUUCAGGGGCAGUACCCAGGCCCGGCCCAGGGGCAGUACCCAGGACCACCGGCCCAGGGGCAGUACCCAGGCCCGGCCCAGGGGCAGUACCCACCACCCCAAGAGCAAAAGUACUAAGCACUGUGUAAUGUGUCCUGGGCCCAACUUAAAAAAGCUUUGCCCCGACAAUGCUUAACAUGAAUUGAAAUAAGUUGAAUUGAAAUAAGUUGAAUUUGUAUUUCUAAAACGUUAUGAUUAUGAUACUAACGUCUAUUUGUGUGUCAUAAAAUGUCAUUUUUUUAACAUCCCCUGCUAGCUGCUAAUGCUUUCACUUUUCAAUCGUAUCAAAUUUGAAAAGGUACUUGAAAGUUGUUUUUAAUAGUCAAUGAUGUUCAGCAAUGGUAAUUUUUCAACGAAUUAUUUACUUCCAAUUAUGUAGUACCUAAAUGUUUCUAUAGUACCUAGAUGUUACUGUGGUACCUGGAUGUUUCUGUGGUACCUCGACAUUUCUGUGGUAUACCUAGAUAAUGUUUUGUUUUAAGAACGUUCAUUGUACAACAGCAAGCCCACGAGUGUAAAGCCUAGUUUCCAUUUCGACGUAAGAAACACAAAGUGAA